AUGACUUGACACACAUCAACAAGAGAGGAUUAUUGACUUCAUGUCCUGCUAAAGGGCUUCUCCUAGACGUAGGCUGAGCAACUGCAUAUUGGGUGUGGAAAUUGCUCCCCUAGUACAUCCCCCAGAGGAAGAUUUUCCCAGAGCCACUGGAAAGGGGGUUGAUUUAGGAGUAAAAUCAAACCAGGGGAAUCAGAUAUCUGUGUUUUUAUCAUGAUUUGAGUGGAUCUUUAAUGUCAAUUUUUGGCCAAACAAGUUUCAAAAACGUGAGGGAUAAUGGACCGUAAGAUGGAUCUCGGGAAUCACAUGCAGCAUGCAGUUUCUUACACACAGGAAUCCUAGAUAUCUGGCUGUGGGAACCGAGAUGUUGGACUAGAUAGACCUUUAGUUUGAUUCAGCUUUUCUUUUGUUUCUCUUCCAUCCUUCUCUCAAGAACCCCCCCAUAGGUUUCUGUCUUUGCUUUCUCUUGGACUAACUUGCCCCCAUGUGGCUGGGUCAGGGCAAAAAGAAGAUUUCAGAUGAUUGGCCAGGAUAUAGUUUGGAUCUGUUUUCCUAUCCGCAACACUACUAUGGAGAUCUUGAUUAUGUGUUGAUACCACAUGGGAUCAUUGUUGACAGGAUAGAACGUUUGGCCAAAGAUAUCAUGCAAGAUAUUGGAUACAAUGACAUUGUGGUUCUCUGUGUACUUAAAGGUGGCUACAAAUUCUGUGCUGAUCUUGUGGAGCAUAUUAAGAACCUCAGUAGAAAUUCAGAAAGGUUCAUCUCCAUGAAAGUUGAUUUUGUCAGGCUGAAAAGUUAUUGUAAUGAUCAGUCCAUGCAGGAUACGCAGAUCAUAGGGGAAGAUGACUUUUCAAAGCUGGCUGGAAAGAACGUGUUAAUUGUGGAGGAUAUCAUUGGAACUGGAAGGACAAUGAGAGCUCUCCUCAAUAAUAUCGAAAAGUGCAAGCCCAAGAUGGUUAAGGUGGCAAGUUUGCUGCUGAAAAGAACAUCUCAACCUGAUGGGUACAGACCUGACUAUUAUGGAUUUGAAAUUCCAGAUUUAUUUGUGGUGGGCUAUGCCUUAGACUACAAUGAGUACUUCAGAGAUCUAAACCACCUAUGUGUUAUCAAUAACCAUGGCAAAGCCAAAUACAGAGUCUAACAUGUAAGCGGUUGGCUUGAACUGGAAGACUGACCAUCCACUUGUAUAAUCUCCUGAAGAACAAUUAAACUGACAUCCAUCUCAUCCAGCCUGGACUCAUGAAUGACAUCCUCUUCCCAAGGAGGAACUGCUCAGAUUUUGUUCAAGUAGUGGCCUCCCUCAUCUCCUUCUAGGGGUAACAUUCUAGGGGCAAGAGAAAGACAGAGAAGUCCUGAUCUUAAUUACAGAAAUUAUGUUAAAAAUGCAGAGUUGGUAUGUGAGCAAAAGCUUGUAUCCCAUGAAACCACAUAACAAGCACCUUUGUGCACUGAAAUUGAGUACAAGUGCAUUGUUGUCAAAAUCCUUUCCCAAAGAUCUAUGGCUUUGUGGGACCAUUGUAGGACUUGAUACAUUCUAAUAGUGCAGGUUUUUUUUUUUAAUCUCUGGCUGUUUCAAAUACCAUACCUGUGUCCUCACUUAAGCAUUUUUUUAAAACCUUUUGAGGUAGUUUAGGCUAAGAAAGACUGGCUGUCCCAAGGCACACAAUGAGUUUGAUGGCUGAAUGCCACCCCUGAGCCACUUCUAUUUGUUCAGUGAAUUAAUUAUACAAUUUGUCUACCAAGGCCACUCACACAGAAGCAGUAGUUCACAGUAAGAAAAACAGUUCUGUACUCUGAUCUUGCCCAAGGAGGCCAUCCACUUGUCUCCUAAAGUGGUGCUCGGGUUUUAUGUCUCCGUCCAUGAUUUUUCUUUAUUUCAUUUCCUGGCUUGACCUAGCAGACUGUGAACAGAUUGAAGUAGCAUAAACUAUUCUUCAACUCUGUCAAGAAUGCACUGGUCCCCACAUCUGUCAGUCUCUUAUCAUUUGGCACAGGCCUUAAUGCUGCUAGAAAAACAAAGAGCUCAUUCUAUAUGGUCCUUGUAGGGUCCUAUUUAGUCUCACAACAACCCUGUGAUGUAGGAUGGGCUACCUAAUAGAGAUCAUUCUCUGAUCAACCAGUGAGCAUUGUAUUUCAGUAAGGAACUCAACACAGAUCUUCCUAGUCUGGCAUUCUGGAUACUGUGACACUUGAGAUUUGAACUCAGGUGUCCCUGGUCUAGCUCUGUUUUCUCACCACUACUCUAAGCUGUCUCUGUUUUUCUUCUUUUUGUUCUUUACUUUUGAUAUUACCAACUGUUAGUUUAGAAUUAGUACAAUAUUAAACAAAUAUGUAAUACAAUGGAAAGCAGGGGUCAUAAUCCCUAUUUUAGAGAGAGAGGAUGGUAUAAAAAGCUACUGCAGAGAUUCAAAGCAAGGCCUUUAACUAAGAAAAUACUAAAGAAAAAAACUCAAAAAAUUGGAUAAGUUGCUUUUUGGACUAAAUUUCCCACAAUCAUCGCUAGCCAGGCUCACCUGGAGGUUCUGACAGUCCAAGAAAUAACUUUUCCCAGUCAUAAUUUUUAAAGUCACAUUUGAAUGGCAAGUGGACAGAGAUCAUUGCUAUAUCUCUAUCUCUCUGAUUUGCAAAUUCUGUUGCUAGCUAUGGUUGCAGGCAGCACCCAUGAUACAAAAGCAAAUGCUGUCAGACCACAUUGGAAUUACUGUUGUUUGUGCAAUGGAAGUUGGAAAAGGCAUUAAAAUGACAGGAUAUACCAUGCCUAUCCUUGAGUUACACAGUUUCUCUGAAAAAUUACUGCAAACUAUUUAGUCAUUAAAAUGUAUUGGAUUCUGCAAUGUGGUCUGUUCAUGGUGAAUGAACGGUCUUUAUUCAUAUGUACUGUAGUUCAUCAUUGUGGAGCUUCAGUUCUCAACAGAAGUAAAUCCCAUUGAUUAUGUUAGGGUUUGCUUUUGAAUAAACAUGUUUUUAAAAUAUUUGUUAUUCUUACAUAAGUCAUUAUGAUUCCCCAUUAAGGCUGGAAAAGUAACAUUUGGGCAACAGCUUCGAGAAUAUCCCAGUGAGCUUGAGGAAGUAUAUGAAUUUUGAAUGUUUCAAAUUGAUAGAUGUCUAGUGACUGUAUCUAUUAGUGUGUUUCUAACAAAUCAGUGUUAUCUUCCUGUGUAAAAUCAUAGAGAAUUCUAGUAUUAUAAUGCAGAAUCUUAACAAUUUUGCCCACUUUUAACUUGAUCAUUCAAAGGGAGAUGAUGAUGUGUCAUGCAUGCAUGGAAGUUUUCAGCUGUAUAUAAUAAAGUCAAUUUUGAUUGGAAUGAAACAAUAGCAGCUACAUUUUGGCUCCUAACCAGCACCUUUCAUUUGUGUACAAAAAAGUAAAAUAAACCAAGCACAAUAAUUUGCUAGAAUGUCAUUUCUUUUCAAGCAUCAGGGUUUUUUUCUGGGGAGGGGGGUUGCAGAGAAAAACUGGAAGUCAGAAGAGUUAUUUAUUUGAACUGUAACAUCAGCGGCCAUGCUGGCUGGAGGAUUCUCAAAGUUGUACUCCAAAAAAAGUCUAUUUCAAAUUAUGGGGAAAAUAUAUUUUGUUUUAAAGAUGAGAGAAAUGUAUGACAAAACUAAGUAGCAUGGAAAGCAUCUUGAAUACUGCUGACUUGGGAAGCUUCCUGUUUUCUUUGCUACCAUCUGCAAAAUAAUUUUUCCUCAUUUACCUGCUAAACUGAUUUGAAUCAGGUCAUUAUGUGCUAUAUACAAACUGCUCUCAAUAACUUCCUGAAGGAAGCCAGUGGGAAAAACGAAAUGAAAAAUCUAAUGCAAGUGGCUUUGUUCAGAACAGCAUGGGGUCCAUUGUUGUUAGGUGGCAGUUUCCUUACUAAUAAACAGUAAGAAGGCUUUGCUAUAUUACAGAUUGCUUAUGACUCCCCGCCCCCAUUUUUCAGUAUGUAUUUGCACAUCCCAUACAAAAGUUUACAAUAUAAACAAGGGCUUUUUAGGGGGGAAUAUGCUGUAAACAUUUCCUGCAGGCUGAUCUGAACUUUUCCUGUGUACUAGUGCUGUGACUUGUACAUUGUUUUCAUAUUAAUAAAAUGACUUAAGAGUA